AAACAACACUUCAGACAAUUGUCGCUACGAUUGGAUCAAUUGAGUGACAAACAAACGCAUCAAACAAUUGAAUCCCAAAAACCACAACAAAAGAGAGUCUAUAAGAAGAGAAAGACAUCAGAAAUAGUAGUGAAACGAGAAGACAAUGAUUUUGGGGAAGAAGUGGUCACUAAUAAUGAAGACUCGGAUCAGACAAAAGCGACCCAAAAGAAAAUAACCAAAACAUUAGCAAAAGUAGUCAAACAAACGGCAAGUGAUUUGAAUGACAACACUAUCACCGCUAAAGACACGGGUGAGGACAAGUCGUGGACGCCAUCGACGACGACAACUACGAAGAGUGGCUACAAAACCGGACGACGGCGUCGACCGAAACACACCUACCGUUUACUAAACGCGAGGCCCUAUCGAUGCGAUCGAUGUGACUAUCGGUCCAAAACUACAUCAACUCUUCGCGUCCACCAAUCGUCUCACGACAACCCAAUGACUGCAGCCCAACGGCAACGACGGGCCGACAUUGAACGCCGGUGUCGUAUAGCCGGCACCGGUCAGUACAGGUGCGCCGAAAUUGGUUGCGGCCGAGAAUACAAGGAUUACGACGCGAUUCGGUCCCACAUUAAAGGGGUUCACGAGACUGUGCCCACACACGCCUGUCAUUACCCCUCGUGUGGCAAAGUUCUCAAAACCAAACACAGCUUAAGCGUACACAUAACGCAAGUGCACACACGGGAGCGCCCGUUCCGGUGUCCGCACGAUGGGUGCGACGGCCGGUUCCCCAAUCAAAACCAAUUGGAUAUACAUAUGAGUGUACAUCAGACGGAACGCCGCUUCCGAUGCGAUCACGAGGGCUGCGGCAAGAGUUUUAAAACUAACAUUCAUCUCAAAGCCCAUAAAGUCGGGCCUGCGGACGGUGAAGUGCACUGUCGAUGGCUGUGA